AUGUCUGCUGUUGAAUCAAUUGCUGAAAGUGUCACUUCUGCUGUCAAUGCUGCUGCAGAAACAGCUGCCUCAGUUGCACAAACUUUGAUCUCUGAAGUCUUAAAUACUGCUACAGAAUUAGGUGCUUCUCCAACCAAGUUUGAUUUGACUGAUUUUAUAAAUGAGAAAUUGGCCUUAUGGGGUGAAAUUUGUAUGGAAUUGGUAUCUUCUAUUGAUUUCGAAAAUAAAUUGUUCAUGUUGGCAUGUUUCUGUGUUUGCUUCAACCCAAUGUUCUGGAACAUUGUUGCUCGUAUGGAAUAUAAGACUCAUUUCUUAACUAAGUUAGCUGGUAGUGCUAAGAAGGGAUGUUAUAUUUUAGCCUUCAUUAUUUUCUCACUAGGUAUCGUUCGUGAUAUUGUAUACGAAAGGGCAUUAGCUGCUCAACCUGUAUCAGCCUUAUUGACUGGUGAUUAUGUUAAAUGUGCAGGUUAUUUGUCAAUCGGUGUAGGUCAAGUUUUAGUCUUGACUUCCAUGUAUCAAUUGGGUAUCACUGGUACUUACUUGGGUGAUUACUUCGGUAUCUUAAUGGAAGAAAGAGUAACUACUUUCCCAUUCAAUGUUUCUAAUAAUCCAAUGUACCAAGGUUCUACUCUAUCCUUUUUGGGUGCUGCUUUAGUCUCUGGUAAGCCAGCUGGUUUGUUGAUUGCAUUUUUGGUCUCCACUAUGUACCAAGGUGCUUUACAAUUGGAAGAGCCAUUUACCGCUCAAAUUUACGCUAAGCGUGACCAAGAACGUUCUAAGAAAAAUAUUUAA